UGACCCCCCUCUCUCCCCCCUCUCUCCCCCCCGUCCACACCGCUGGGAGCCUCCACAAAUACCUCCGUUACAAAGUGCCAGCGCUGUGCAGCUCAGAGCCAAAGCUACAACCCUCUCUCUCUAUCUAUCUCUCUCUCCCCCUCUAUCCAGCACAGAGUUGGUGCGCUGCUCUGUGAUAUAGUCACUCACAGCCACACUGCACCAAAUAAUCCACUCUGGGAUUCCUCAGCGCUGCCCUGCGUAUUUCAAGAGAGAGAGGGAGAAGGGAGAGAAGAAGGAUUUAAAAAAAAAAACCUCUCUCUACACACGCUCGACAUUCAGCCACAUCUCGACUCACGGCGCUGGGAAUUAGAGCGACUGGCCUGAGCGGCGAGCUCUGAACCGUUCCGCGUUUUCCUGCCUGCCUGCCUUUGACCAGAGCUUCCAGCUCAUCCAGCGCUGCGGACAACACACACAGGCACGCCGGCCGGCCACGACUCGGGCGAUGGAAGCACUGAGGAAGCUUCACUUCACGCCGGCACUGCAUGUAAUCGCCUUCAUACUCAAUCUCUUUCCGGGGGUCGGCGGGGAACAGGAGACUGAGAAUCUCUCGGGUCUUUCCAAUGACCCCAAUAAAGAUAUUUUCGUGGUCCGGGAAAACGGCACGACGUGCCUGAUGGCUGAGUUUGCAGCGAAAUUCAUUGUGUCCUACGAUGCCCGGGCCAGUAACUACGUGGAUCUCAUUACUGAACAAGCUGACAUUUCCAUCCCUCGAAGCGCCGCUGUUAAAGGAAGAUGCGGGCGAAACGAAUCAGAAUUGCAUAUUUCAUGGGCUGACAACGCGUACAGUUUUAGACUCAACUUUGUACAGGAAACGCGCAAUAGAAACGCACGGCAAGACCACUUCUGGAAAGUCAAUGAGGUUCAGUUCGAUUAUGAUAUCUCGGAAUCCGGCCCCUUCAAAGACUCGGUGAACCCUGGGAGACACACGGCCACCUCUCGUCACCUCCAUCUCUUCCACACCCCGCUUGGGAAAUCGUACAAGUGCGAUGCUCAGGAAACCAUCUCUGUCAUCUCCAGCGACCACCAGAAAGUGGUGGCCAUCCUUCUAUCUCAAAUACACAUGCAACCCUUCGGCUUCAAGCGUGACUUCAUAUUCAGUGAAGCCUCCACUUGCGUGGUUGACCAACAGGAGGAGCUGGAGGAGAUCCUGCCGCUGAUACUGGGGCUGACUCUGGGACUGCUCAUCGUGGUGAUCCUCGCCGUCUAUCACAUCCACCAUAAACUCACGGCGGCCACCCAGGCCCAGAUACCCAGGGACAGAUCCGAGUACAAGCACAUGUAGCGGGGUCAUUCCCAGCGCAGUGAGUCGCUGCAAUGUAACGGAAACCAACAAAGAAGCACGUCAGGGGAUAAUAUAUAUAUUUUUUGUUUUGUUUUGUUGAAAUUUGGCGAAACACAUAAUUAAACGCCCCGGGGGCUGUUGCUGUACAUAUUUAGGCGCUUGUUUAGUGAUUAGCACCGCACCAUAACUGGUGCCAAACCAAAAAAUAAAACUCAGCAAUCUCUUCACAGCUCGCAACAAUAACAGAAUGUGAACAAAACCAUUAAACUGCGACAUUAGUAACCUAAUCCUAGUAGCGUUUGGUGAUUAGCGUGGGGUAUGGGAGCUUCUUACCUUUGCUCCAGUUAUAUAGAGACUGGCGCAUUUUGCAAGAUGGGAUCUGACUUACCCCUGUCCCACGUUACGAGUUCAUUUCAAGAGCUCUCCCGAGUUU